CGUGGCUUUGCGUUCUUGCGCUCCGGAUUCGAGCUUCUUGCGGGCUGCUGAAAUCUGGGUUCGGGCUGCUUCGUGGGCACGCGGGGCGUCGGCUGAAUCUGGUUCGGAUUCUGGGUUCGGCUCCUCCUGGGACGGGAGGGGAAGAUGUCCCAGCGGGGUUACAAGCUGCAGGAAUUUGUGGCCCAUUCGUCGAAUGUCAACUGUCUCAGUAUCGGAAAGAAGGUAUGCCGGCUUUUUCUCACGGGUGGAGAUGACUUCAAAGUCAAUCUAUGGGCCAUUGGCAAACCGAAUUCCUUAAUGAGCCUCUGCGGUCAUAUAAGUCCUGUAGAAUCUGUAGCCUUUAAUUCUGCAGAAGUGUUGGUGCUUGCUGGAGCUUCUUCUGGUGUCAUUAAGCUGUGGGACUUGGAAGAAGCAAAGAUGGUCCGUGGUCUUACUGGACACAGAUCCAAUUGCACUGCUAUGGAAUUCCAUCCAUUUGGAGAAUUCUUUGCAUCUGGUUCCACCGACACAAAUCUAAAGAUCUGGGAUAUCAGGAAGAAAGGAUGUAUACACACGUACAAGGGUCAUACUCGAGGAAUUAGCACCAUCAGAUUCAGUCCUGAUGGUCGCUGGGUUGUUUCAGGGGGAUGUGAUAACGUUGUGAAGGUGUGGGAUCUAACUGCUGGAAAGCUUUUACAUGAUUUUAAGUUCCAUGAAAAUCAUAUCCGAUCUAUAGAUUUCCAUCCCUUGGAGUUCCUUCUUGCUACAGGUUCGGCAGAUAGAACGGUUAAAUUCUGGGAUUUGGAAACAUUUGAACUAAUUGGAUCUUCCAGACCUGAGGCCACAGGAGUACGUGCAAUUGCCUUCCAUCCUGAUGGGAGGACGUUGUUCUGUGGUUUGGAGGAUAGCUUAAAGGUUUACUCAUGGGAACCUGUAAUCUGCCAUGAUGCUGUUGACAUGGGAUGGUCAGCCCUUGCUGAUCUCUGUAUUCACGACGGAAAACUCUUGGGUUGCUCAUACUACCAAAAUUCUGUUGGUGUUUGGGUAGCAGAUGUAUCGCUUAUUGAGCCUUAUGGAGCUAAUUUAAAUCCUCAGCAGAAGGAUUGUGGGGAUAAUGAAAUUGAACACCAAGAAAGUCGUUCCUCAGCUAAAGUAGGGACUACCAUAAGAUCAACUUCAAUCAUACGCUGUGCCUCUCCGGAUUAUGACACCAAAGAGAUAAAGAAUAUAUAUGUGGACACUGCUAGCGGAAAUCCUGUUUCUUCUCAGCGUGUUGGUACCACAAACUCUGCGAAAGUGAUUCAACCGAUGGAUUUUAGUGACACCCCUAAUGUGACACUACAGAGGCAGGGUUCCGUAACAGAAACGCCAGAUAGAUUAAAUGGGCAUGUUCCUAGUAAAUCUUAUACUGUACCGAAAGUUGUUAGUAGGGACAGUCCCGAUGGAAAAGACUCAUCUCGAAGAGAAUCUAUUACUUUUUCAAGGACUAAACCGGGCAUGUUGCUCAGGCCUGCUCAUUCAAGGAGGCCAUCGAGCACCAAAUAUGAUGUUGACAGGUUAUCAGCUUGUGCUGAAAGUGGAGAGCUUAGCAGUGCAAAAAGUAAUUCCGAAAGUCUUGUAGAUUCAUUUUCGAAGAUCAAAGUUGCACCUGAAGAUGGAGCAAGAGAUGGCUGUGAAGACAAUCAUUCGACUAUCAAGAAUGUCUCUGCGGAAACUGAAAAGGUGCUACCACUGCAGACACCUAAAACAGAAAAGUGUGACCAAACUGUCGGUUUCAAAGAAGGAAUCAGCUCUGUCAAGUUUGUCAAUGGAGUUGCAGUUGUGCCAGGCAGGACGCGCACUUUAGUUGAGAAGUUUGAAAAAAGAGAAAAAUUGAACAGCACUGAAGAUCAACCAAUCAAUGCGCCUCCUGAAAAACCCGCAUUGGAUAAAACCCCUCCCUCUCUGGUAGAAAAUGUGGAAAAGAGUGACAGAUUAAACAUCAAUGAACAAAAGGCAACAAGUAUGUCUUCUCAUAUGGUAAUCACUGAGGAUAGAACACCUGUAACUCUUGUUCGCAGUAUUGAAGAUCAGUCAACUGUAAUGGCUCCUCAAAGAGAAUUAUCAGCUGAUGAAUCAACUAAAACUCCUCCAUUGCCGGUUGAGGAUUUUGAAAUUCAUCAUGGAUUAAAUGUUAGUGAAGAUAAGGCAACUAGUUUGUCUUCUCAGACAGUAUCAGGGGAGGAUAGCAAACGCUCUACUCUUAUUCGCAAUUUCCGCGGAAGAGGCAGAUUUAAAAAUUCUGAAGUUCGAUCCCCCGUGAUGGCUCCUCAAAGAAAACUACCAACAGAUGAAUCAAGCAAAACUUCUGCUUUGCCGAUUGAGGAUUUGGGAAUCAAAGGUGGAUUGAAUGUGAGUCAAGAUAAGGCAACUAGUUUCUCUUCUCGUGCAUCACCAGGGGAGGAUAGAGCACCCUCCGCUCUUGUUCGCAAUGUUCGAAAAAGAGACAAAUUUAGAAGUACUGAUGAUACAACCACUGUAAUGGUUCAUCAAAGAGGUCUAUCGACAGAUGAAUCAUCAAUUGUUUCAGUUGAGAGGGUUGAAAGGAGACAAUUAUCUAACAAUGUAGAGAACCUGCUAAAUAAUGUGCCCCCUCACUCUAUACCUCCAAUGACAACGAUAGGGGAACCUCAAUCUAUGGGAAGGGACUCAGACUCUGUUGACCAUGAGGAUGUCACUGAAGUUCUACUGGGAAAUCAUGAAGUUCUCUUAAGUACUCUCCGUUCUCGCUUGACAAAACUACAGGUAGUCCGGCAUUUCUUUGAAAAGAAAGAUAUGAAAGGUGCUAUUAACGCAUUGAGGAGGUUGCCAGAUAAUUCUGUGCAAGCAGAUGUAAUCAGCAUUCUUAUGGAAAAGAUGGAGAUGCUGAACUUAGAUUUAUUUUCUUGCUUGCUUCCCGUGCUUGUGGGUUUACUGGAUAGCAAGGUAGAAAGGCACACGUGUGUGUCUCUGGAGAUGCUACUGAAGUUUGUAGCAGUUUUUGGUUCAGUGGUUCGCUCAACAGUUUCUGCACCUCCGACUAUUGGUGUUGAUCUACAUGCUGAGCAAAGGCUAGAGUGCUGCAACCAGUGUUUUGCAGAGCUGCAAAAGAUCCAAAAAAUUCUCCCUAUACUUGUGAGGAGAGGUGGCUUAAUUGCAAGAAGUGCUCAGGAAUUGAAUCUAGUCCUUCAACAAUGCUAAUGGACCAUACCAACUGCAUCCCUUUUCUGCUUACCUGCAAAGUCCAGUUUGGAUGACAUCUAACAGAAUACUCGUGUAUAUGGACGCCAUCUUUCCUUAACUCGGAGUUUGGCUUUACGACUACUGAUUUUGCCACUUCAGUCGGUCAGUGUUGCUUGGUUUCUCAUGAGGCAAAUACCGGAGCACUACGUGCAUGGAAAUUAAGCUCGAAGACUCGAGGUCUUCUUCGGGGCAUGACUCCAUGAUAUUCUGAAAGAGUAGGAUCUCUCAAUUCUUUGAUUCUGUAGUAAUGUGUAUCUUUUGUAUCUUCUAUUGCCACCCCGUGUAAUUCAUGUGCACUUCGCUGGUAUAGUGAAAAUCCACUUUGUUUAUCAUAA